UUUAAAUUACUUGUCCGGAUUGUAUGGAUAAGUUAGUUGACCCUGGAUAACAUUUGUGAAUCUACUUAAUCAUGCACAGCCUGCUGGGUAUUUUGAUUACACAGCGUGCCACAAUUCUCCAAGUUGUUCCAAGUUUAAAAUAUCAGACAUCCAGCACAAGGCGACCUGAAUUUGAGCAACUUGCAUCUUAAAGAAGAGAAAACCAAACCAGAUGCUAAUGGCCUUUGCAUUUCUAGUGUCUCGUAGAAUUUGAAUUGUCUCAGCUGUUGGGUAUGGGAUGUGAUUUUGAAUGACAGCCACUUUGUGUCUGAUAAAGGUGCUGUUGUCAAGACCAAUGCUAAUGCAGAGAAGACAGAUGAAGAAGAGAAAGAAGACAGAGCUGCCCAGUCCUUACUCAACAAGCUCAUCAGAAGCAACCUUGUGGAUAACACAAACCAAGUGGAAGUCCUGCAACGGGAUCCAAACUCCCCCCUCUACUCAGUGAAGUCUUUUGAGGAGCUUAGGUUGAAACCACAGCUUCUCCAGGGAGUCUAUGCCAUGGGCUUCAACCGUCCAUCCAAGAUACAAGAAAAUGCAUUGCCGUUGAUGCUUGCUGAGCCCCCACAGAAUUUAAUUGCCCAGUCUCAGUCUGGUACUGGUAAAACAGCUGCCUUUGUGUUGGCCAUGCUCAGCCAUGUAGAACCUGCAAACAGAUACCCCCAGUGUCUGUGCCUAUCCCCAACGUAUGAGCUUGCCCUUCAAACGGGAAAAGUGAUUGAGCAGAUGGGCAAAUUUUACCCUGAACUGAAGCUAGCUUAUGCUGUUCGAGGCAAUAAAUUGGAAAGAGGUCAGAAGAUCAGUGAGCACAUUGUCAUUGGCACCCCUGGAACUGUUCUGGACUGGUGCUCCAAGCUCAAGUUCAUUGACCCCAAGAAGAUCAAGGUGUUUGUUCUGGAUGAGGCUGAUGUGAUGAUAGCUACUCAGGGCCACCAAGAUCAGAGCAUCCGCAUCCAAAGGAUGCUGCCCAGGAACUGCCAGAUGCUGCUUUUCUCUGCCACUUUCGAAGACUCUGUAUGGAAAUUUGCCCAGAAAGUGGUCCCAGACCCAAACAUUAUCAAACUGAAGCGUGAGGAGGAGACAUUGGACACCAUCAAGCAGUAUUACGUCCUGUGCAAUAACAGAGACGAGAAGUUCCAGGCCUUGUGUAACCUCUACGGGGCCAUCACCAUUGCUCAAGCCAUGAUCUUCUGCCAUACCCGUAAAACAGCCAGUUGGCUGGCAGCAGAGCUCUCAAAAGAAGGCCAUCAGGUGGCUCUGCUGAGUGGUGAAAUGAUGGUGGAGCAGAGGGCUGCCGUGAUUGAGCGCUUCCGAGAGGGCAAAGAGAAGGUGCUGGUGACCACCAACGUGUGUGCCCGUGGUAUCGAUGUUGAACAGGUGUCUGUUGUCAUCAACUUCGACCUUCCCGUGGACAAGGAUGGGAACCCUGACAACGAGACUUACUUGCACCGGAUCGGGCGCACUGGCCGCUUUGGCAAGAGGGGCCUGGCAGUGAACAUGGUCGACAGCAAGCACAGCAUGAACAUCCUCAAUAGAAUCCAGGAGCAUUUUAAUAAGAAAAUAGAAAGAUUGGACACGGAUGAUUUGGAUGAGAUUGAGAAAAUAGCCAACUGAGAAGCUCCACCAGUCACUGGUGCCCACCCUUGGCACUCCCCCUACAUGGGAGACUAGUGCUUUCGAGUACAGUCGCUACAAAGACGAAGGCACGAGUAGAGAGAAACUACCUACUUCAUUUUAAAUUACGUUUGGACUUGACAAAAAUUGUGCAAAUGAUGGGGCAAGGUAGAAAAAAAUAUUUACACAAGUUUUGGAAGAUUAGGCGUGAAUACACAGAAAUUUACCUUUUGGAAAUU